AUGCUAAGACAAGGCCCCUUCCUCCUCCUGGCUGUGUCCAUGUCGUAUUUCAACCCCGAGAAAGCACUGGCAGCGCCUUCGGAAAAUGAUGGUCUGUCCCCGGGCCGGGCUUCACUGGCCCCUCCCUACGCCGUGGUCCUGGUCUCCUGCUCAGGCUUGCUGGCCUUCGUCUUCCUCCUGCUCACCUGUCUGUGCUGCAAGCGUGGCGAUGUGGGGUUCAAGGAAUUUGAGAACCCUGAUGGAGAAGAAUACUCUGGAGAGUACACGCCGCCAGCAGAGGAGACCUCUUCCUCUCAGUCUAUUCCAGAUGUCUACAUUCUACCUCUCUCUGAGGUCUCACUCCCAUCCUCCAACCAACAGAUGCCCCAAACAGAUUUAGUGAAGCACUUGGGACUCAGCCGACAGCACCUCAGUUAUCUGCAGGAGAUUGGAAAUGGCUGGUUUGGGAAGGUCAUUCUGGGUGAAAUAUUCUCGGAUUUCACCCCUGCACAGGUGGUAGUGAAGGAGUUACGGGUGAGCGCUGGGCCACUGGAGCAGAGGAAAUUCCUGUCAGAGGCCCAGCCUUAUCGAAGCCUCCAGCAUCCAAACAUACUGCAAUGCCUCGGUCUGUGCACGGAGACCAUCCCCUUCUUGCUUAUCAUGGAAUUUUGCCAGCUGGGAGAUCUGAAACGCUACCUCCGAGCUCAGCGCAAAUCCGACGGGAUGACUCCCGAUCUGCUGACCCGUGACCUCAGCACACUGCAGCGCAUGGCCUACGAGAUCACUCUGGGAGUGCUUCAUUUGCAUAAGAACAAUUACAUCCAUAGCGAUCUGGCGCUUCGGAACUGCUUGCUGACCUCUGACCUCACCGUGAGGGUUGGGGACUAUGGGUUGUCGCACAACAACUACAAGGAAGACUACUACAUCACUCCGGACCGGCUCUGGAUCCCCUUGCGCUGGGUUGCCCCGGAGCUGUUGGAUGAGAUGCACGGAAGCCUCAUGGUGGUGGACCAAACCAAGGAGAGUAACGUUUGGUCUAUGGGGGUGACCAUCUGGGAGCUUUUUGAAUUUGGGUCCCAGCCGUACCGGCACCUCUCCGACGAGGAGGUGCUGACCUUUGUCAUCAAGGAACAGCAGAUGAAACUGGCCAAGCCACGCCUUAAGCUUCCUUACUCUGACUAUUGGUAUGAGGUGAUGCAGUCCUGCUGGCUUCCGGCGUCCCAUCGCCCAACCAUGGAAGAGUUACAUUUGCAGGUGAGCUACCUGUUGAACGAGCGCUCCAAUGCUCAGGCAGAGGAGAGCUUUGAGUGGCGUUGGAGCGCCCUGAAGCCCAAGCGCUCCUCCUCGCCACCGCCCGCCUCCGCUUCCUCGGCACGCCACCGCAGCUCGUCCGAAGAGAUCUCGGCCUAUCCGCUCCUGGAUGGGUUCCACGGUGGAGACAUGGACGACAUUCUGACAGUGACGGAGAGCAGCGGGGGGCUGAACUUCGAGUACAUGUGGGAGAAGGCCCGCCUGGGGCGGUGGAAGGGCCCCGCCUCGGCCCCGCCUGAGUACCCCUCCACCAACGGGGGGCUGGCUGUGCCCGGCGGCAACCCCUUCUACAAGCAGGCCGUGCACCGCGGGCACAGCCUGGAGACGCCCAGCGUCGUGCCCGUGAUCAGCGCCCGCAGCCCUUCGGUCAGCAGCGAGUAUUACAUCCGCCUGGAGGACCACAGCAGCAGCGACGGGCCCGUCUGUGCCCCCAGCCCUGGCUCGCCCCCCCAGCCCCUCUUCCCGUCCGACUGGGACUGCCCCAGCGCCUCCUACCGGCCCAAGGAGCCGCCCAGCACCAACCCCUUCCUGGCCGCGGGCGACGGCAACCCUUUCCACGUGGAAGGAGAGAUCCAGGAGACCUCGCUGACCGAGACGCCGGCCUCGGGGGGCGAAGCCUUCCUUGCCGAGUCCCUGCUCACGGUGUACCGAGAACUGGAGGACCAGCAGCGCAGCUGGGAUGCGGAGAUGAUGGAAGAGCGCGGGGCGGGGGAGACGCUGGCCGGUGACCCCUCCGAGUUCCAGGGGUCACCCUCGUGGGAGCAGGAGCCUUCCCUGAUGGAGGACCGGAGCUCCGGCAGCGGCACGGACGACGGCGACAGCAGCAUCGGGGGCGGCCGGCGCAACCCCCUGCCCUGCCCGCUGUGCUCCCGGGCCGGCUGCACGUGCGCCGUCCCCCGGGGAGACAUGGUGAGCGGCUGGAGCAACCACGGCCCGCCCCUGCGGCGCCCCCACCAGGACAGCUACGGCACCGAGGAUGACUCCUCGCUGAAGGUGGAGCGCGGCUCCCUCUCCGACUGCCCGAUGCUGCCCCUGACGCCCUGCGACGAGGACGGCGGGGAGCACGGCGAGUUCUACGACCCGCUCAUGGGUGCCGCCGUGAAGACCUACGAGCUGCAGGACUACCCAAAGCAGCGGGGGGGGACGGGUGCCCGCCCCCCCGGGUCCCCCUUCCCAGCCAUGCCGUCCAGCUGCUGCAACGCGAUCGUCCCUGUCGAAAUACCCCCGCUGUCCACGCUGGCAGAAAGCAAUGACGAGGAGACCAUCGCCAUCCUGCCGGAAGCCAUGGAUGGGUUUUCCGCGGUCCCCACGGCCCUCGGCCUCUCCCCAGCGGCCCCCGACCGGCAGAGGGGAACCCUGGAUUCCGUGGAUUCCUUGGACAUUCCUUCCAACACCAGUUCCUCGGACGUCUGCAGCCCGGCCUCUCACUACUCCUCUCCGGGACAAAAGUUUGGUGACAGCGGCUAUGAAACGGAGAGCACCUUCUCACCUGAGUUUAUCUUCAAAGAAGAGCCACCACCGCCACCAUCGGGGGAAGAGGAAGUGUUGGAGGCCGAGGAAGAUUCCAGUAAACUCCCGGCAACGCCCAUCUCGCAGUCCACCAGUGAUCUCACCUUGUCAGUGAGCGAGGAAGGGGCAGAGCUGGAAGAAGAAGUCGGCAGGAGCUUGGGGCCGGCGACUCCACACCGCGACUCGGCCUACUUUUCGGAUGGCGAGGCGGAGACUCUGGAGGUGCCAGCAACGGCCCCUGCUGUUAACGGAGAGGAAAAGCCCACCGAGAAGACGACCAUGGAUGGAGGCUUUGUGGUCCAGGUGUGCAAAGAGCAGCUGCUGGUCACCUUGCAGGAGAACGUCACACGCAACCUCCUUGGUGGCCAGCGGAUGCCAGCGUUGGGGCUUCCUCCAGCUGCCCCCUUGAAGGACCAGGCUGUUCUCAGGCUGUGGACCUUAAUGCCAGAGGAAGGGCAGGAUACAGAUGAGGAGGAGGAGGGCAGGAGAAGCCACAGUGGGGAUGCCCAGUGGCCAAAGGAUGUGGAAGAGAAACCGGAGGAGGAGGUGGAGGAGAAGCACGAAGGGGAAUGUACUGAGCCUGAACUCGUGCUGCCAGAGAGAGGGGAAGAGAGCAGGGAAGAAGGGGAGGUGCCUGCCUGGACGGAGCCCCAGAACGCAGCAGUGCCAAUCGUGGUAGAAUCGCAAGAUGCCCCAGAAGACGGUGAGGUGGCAGCUGAGCAGCCCAAAAAGGAGCAGGAGGCUGGUGCUCCAGUGAACCAGGCUGGCGAAGAUAUCAAAGCCAAGCUGUCGCGCCUGUCUCUGUCACUGCCGCCUCUGGCCUUGCAGACGUUCCCCCCACUUGGCGGGGGAAGGAAAGGGCCAUUUUGGGAAGGAGCGGCACUGGGGGAGGGGCCAGUGCUGGGAGGGAGAGAGGCUGCUAUGGCGGCAGAGGAUGAGGAUGAAGAUGAUGCCGAAGAGGAAGAGGAUGGAGGCUUGGCUGGAGGUGGCGGGAGGGGCGUCCCCAUUGUGGUGAGCGAAAGCGAUGAUGCCCGCAACUUGCGUGGUCUCCUCAAGUCGCCGCGCUCGGCGGAGGAGGCAGCUGCUGAGCUCGACCGGAAGCGAAAGAUGGUCUCCUUCUUUGAUGAUGUCACCGUCUACCUCUUUGAUCAGGAGACGCCAACCAAUGAGCUGAGUUCGCAGGGAGCCCCUGACGGUGAUGCCCCCUCUCCAGGCUCAAUGGCAGAACCGGGUCUGGACGCCUUCCCACCAGCUGAUGGCUUCAGUGGCAGUUUUGAGUGGGACGAUGACUUCCCCCUGAUGGCCCAGAAUCCGUCCUAUGUCUCCAUGGUGUCCGACCCCGACGCAGCCAAGCCCCACCUCGCCAUCCCUUCGCCCGUGCCUGUGGCCCCUCCCUUGCUGUCGGCAGCCAAGAAGGCCGAGGCUGACCUGGUGGACACCCUGCGAUUCUCCCGCUUCACCGUCUCUCCCGCCCUCGAACCACACCUUUCUCCGUCCUGCGACACUGAACUGGGACCCACAGCUGACUUUGUGUAUCAGCUGCUUGUGCCUCCCUCAGGAGACCUGCUGUCCACUGUGAGAACCCACGACUGA